AAGGGCAACAUUGUAGAUUUUGAAGAUAUUGAUCAAGCACCUAUUGAAUGCAAACGACCACCACACUUCGACAGGAAUUUAUUUGUAGAAGAUCUCAUAGACGCCAUUACCAGUCAAUUCGAAAAGAGUGAUUCUGCACAAAUCAAAACAUACCACAUCUACAAAGAUCAAAUACCAAGGUUAAUAAAAGAAAACGAGAGGUUAAAGCUUUCUGAAAAACAAUCCAAAGAAAUUUUGAAACAGAUCGAUGAGGAAAUGAAGAGUUUGAAAGACACAACAAAAAUACUGAUAACAAACACAGAAUCUUUACAUGAUCUUUUAAGUGAUAUGGAAAACAAGUUGAAGCUUUCCGAACAACAAUCCAAACAAUUAUUAGAAAAGAAAGAAAAAGAAUUAAAGACAUUGGAAGACACUAAUGAAGUGACGAAAGCAGAAAACGAGACUCUUCACGAUCUGUUAAAUGAUAUAGAAAGACAGUUAAGGCUUUCUGAAAAACAAUCUGAAGACGUUUUAGAAAGAACAGAAAAAGAAUUAAAGAGAUUGAAAGACACUCAUGAAGUGAUGAAAGUAGAAAAAGAGUCUCUACAAGAUCAGCUGAGUGAUAUACAAAGCAAGUUAAGGCUUUCUGAAAAACAAUCCCAAGACAUUUUAGGGGAAAAAGAUAGAGAACUGAAGAGAUUGGAAGACACUAAUAAAGUGGUGAAGGCAGAAAAAGACUCUCUACAAGAUCUGCUAAAUGAUAUAAAAAGCCAAUUUAAGAUUUCUGAAACAGAAUCCAAAGAAAAAGAAAGAAACAGAUUAGAAGACACACAAAACUUAUUAGAAGCAGAAAAACAGUCUUUACAAGAUCUGUUAAAUAAAAGCGACAACAAAUUUAAGCUUUCUGAAAAACAAUUCAAACAAAUUUUAGAAGAAAAUGGAAAAGAAUUAAAGAGAUUGCAAUACACUCAAAUAUUGAUGAAGGCAGAAAAAGAGUCUCUUCAAGAUACGUUAAAUGAUAUAAAAAAACAACUAGAAAAAGAGAAACUUAAGUCAAAAGAGUGGGUAAAACUCUCCGAAAUACAUUCCAAAGAAAUUUUCGAAAAGAAAGAAAGACAGUUUAAGAGAUUGGAAGCUGAGAAAGAGUCUUUACAGUACAUUGUAAAUGAUCUAAAUUCACAAUUAGAAAAAGAAAAACACAAGCAACAAGGACGAAAAAAGUAAUGCUGCUGCUUUGAUGGAAGAGAAAAUAGAACGGACAAUCGACUUAAAAAAAACAUAAUUAAUCUAAAAAAAUUGAAAACAACACGUUUAAUAAUUUCAUGCGUCCGAAGCGCUUUUCUAGAUUUACCUUCAUCAGGAACGCUCAAUGCCAAACAUUUGAAAUCCGAGGGAUGUAUAAGUACCGAAACAGUUGAAUAGCUAUAAAAAAAUUACCUAAAACAAAUAGCCAAAUUCAUCUAAGGUAAACUUUGCCUGAGGGACUAUCUUUGCCCGAAUUGUCUGUUUUGAGUAGAACUUUGUAUUCAAAUUUUGAUGAUACUGACAAGCCUAUGUAAUUGGAAUCGUAAUAUAUGUUUAUUUCAAAUUUAUCUUUCAAUUUCUUAGAUCCUUUCCAAUUUCGCUGAGAAAGACCUUUUCAUUUUGUACUGAUUACUUAUUUUCUCUCGCCUAAUUCUUUUCUUGCUCUGUAUUGUUGUUUGAAAAGAAGUCUCUAGAUUUUUGGUAUAUGAUAUCGCACAUUUUAUACGCAUUUGAAGCUGACACUGCCUGACUAGACGUGGCUCUGUACUUAAACAUCCCGUUAUUGUAUUAUUGUGUCGUGGUAAAUGUUUGUUUACAUAUUUGUUUUUUUUAUAGUGAUUAAGAUAAUAACGUUAUGUUUGUUGACUGAUGUACCCCUAUUUUUGACAUUUUGACCUAUUAUGUCUGCCUGUUUUGUUCACACAUCGUUGUCUAUAUAAUGGAAUUUUAUGCGACUGUCAUACAAGUGAGAAGUUUAGCUAGCUAUAAAACCAGGUUUAAUCCACCAUUUUCUACAUAAGAAAAUGCCUGUACCAAGUCAUGAAUAUGGGAGUUGUUGUACAUUCUUUUUAUAUGUUUGAGCGUAUAAUUUUGCAAUUUGAUUAGGGACUUUCCUUUUUAAAUUUUCCUCGGAGUUCAGUAUUUUUGUGAUUUUACUUUUUUCAUGCGGAAACCUUUUAUUGUUCUAUGAAAACUGGUUUUCAAUAAUAGUCAUUAUUUAUCAGUUUAGUAAAACCACAUAGACAUCAAUCCAUUUGAGCCAAUGCAAAUUUUUGAAUCCACUAUGUUCAAUGAAGCGGGCCUUAUUUCAAAUGACUCUUCAAUGGUUCGAUUCUUUUAUAUUAUUGACUUUUAAAUUUGCGGCUUUGAUCUUUCCCAAUGAAAGUAACUUUGCAUGAGGCAUUCUUUUUCUCUGACAAUUGAUGACGUCUUUACACUUAAUCCAUUGGAAGUCAGGUGUGUACUGAUUGAUAUUUUGGUUUAACUAAAGAGAAUUAUUCUGUCGAACUGACUUCAUAUAAAGCUAAAACUAACAAUGAACAACUUCCCUUCCUGGAUUUUGAUAUAUAUAUAUAUAUAUAUAUUACACGGGAACUUUACGAUACAAGAUAUGGUUUUCCAAUUUCUAUUGUUAAUUAUAAAUUUUUAGAUCGUGACGUUUCCGUGUCACCAUUUUAUGUUGUUUAUAUAUCUCAAAUUAUUCGAUUCGCUUGUGUGUGUAAAACGUAUUACAUUUUACAAAAACAAUAGAUGUAUUACUGAACCAGUGUUUUCGAUAUCACAAACUUGUCAAAACUUUUUCAAAAUUUUAUCAUCGGUACAAGGCCAUUCGUAAAUAAAAAUUAACGUGCACACAUUUUAUACGUUCAGAUAUUUUACAUCCAAUCUUUUAUAGUGAUAUUCUAUAAAAAGCACAAAAAUCAAAUAUCGUCAUUCGCCUUAAAAGCUAACCAAACCGUUAAACGGAAUUAUUCUAAAGGAAUAAAGUGACGAUACUGUUGUCAGGUGUUCACUGUUUUGAAAGAAUUCAAUCAGUAAGAUUUCAGAUAAUAAAUAGUAGUAUACCGGUGUUCAAAAAUCAUAAAUCAAUUGGGAAGAAACAAAUCCGGGUUACAAACCGAAACCGAGGGAAAUACAUCAUCUAUAAGAGAUAAAUGCGUUAUAAUCGUUUUCAACUUUCAAUAAUAGUUUCAUGAGCCAAAGUUAUAUGCCGAAUUUUAGCAAAAUAUGUGACAUAGUCUAUUUAUUGUUCCCUGUCCCUAACAAUUUGCAUUGAGUUAUAUCUGACCGUAAUGGAACAUAAGGUGAUUUAUUUACCUAAAUACCUUCAAACGGCGGACAGUGAAUGAAUUCAAAAUGUUAUCAAUUUUUAUUGUUUUCAAUUUCAUAACCUGACAUUACUUAAAAAUAUGAGGCGCCACUGUGACCUUAGUAUGUCAUUUUUAGUGAUUACUAACCUGUUAUCCUGAGGUUGUAAGUGCAAACCCUACUCAUAAAGAGCUGGGAUGUUUUCGAGGAUUUUUUGGUUUUCCUGCUUACGGUUUAUGAUUCUUUCUUGGCAGUCCUGCUUUUUCUACCAUCAAAAAUAGUAAGUUACCUUGAUAAAGCCACGGUUGCCCUUUUUUUUUUUUUUUUUUUUUUAUCUCAAAAACAAAAUAAAAAAACAAAUAACCUGAUAUCAGUAUUGAAAUAAUUUCUUUUAUUUUGAAAAUUGUUAUAGGUAGAGAAAAAGGCAAAAAUGUUUCUCAUGUCCGAUAUUACAUAAUGUCAUGUUUACUAACAUUAUGAUACUACUAUUUACAGAGUUAUAGUUCUUAGAAUCGAUUUAUUAUUCUGUUUUUUUUUAUCAUUAUGAGAUCUUUAACAUGUUUGAGAGAUAGACAGAAAUGUUAAGAAGAACAAUCACCAAGCCUCGGCAAUGUACGUUGGAGUCAAACGCACUUGUAUCGUUCAGUUGUUGAAAGCUCAACCUCAAUGUGGUAGGCUAGCUAGUGACUGUUGUAUAUGAAGUACUUUGACCAAUCGGCUACAGAGAUCCAUUGCAAUUAAAAGUUAAAAAUGGAA